AUGGGAGGACCCAGGAAGCUCACAGACGAAUAUCAAGUUUCAGAGAUUCUGGGCAGAGGAGGAUUCUCGAUUGUGAAAAAGGGCAUUAACAACAAGAAAAAAAAAGUUGUAGCCAUAAAAACUUUGAGAAGGGUGCAGGUGAAUCCAUCUUCAACCAAGGGAAUAUCAUUGCAGACAUGGACGAACCAGGUUUCCAUAUCAGAAGCUCUGGUGACAAACGAGAUGUUGGUAAUGAGAAAAAUAGUAGAGGAGGUCUCUCCACAUCCAAACGUGAUAGAGCUUUACGACGUGUGUCAGGACGAGCAUGGAGUUCAUCUGGUAAUGGAGCUUUGCACCGGUGGAGAGCUCUUUGAUAGGAUAGUGAAAGAGAAAAGGUAUUCGGAGGCCGGAGCAGCGGCGGUGGUGAGACAGAUAGCGGCGGGAUUGGAGGCUUUGCAUAGAGUGAAUAUUGUGCAUAGAGAUUUGAAGCCGGAGAACUGUUUGUUUUUGAAUGAAGAAGAAGAGUCGCCAUUGAAGAUAAUGGACUUUGGAUUGAGCUCGGUGGAGGAGUUUACAGAUCCUGUAGUUGGGUUGUUUGGAUCAAUUGAUUAUGUUUCGCCGGAGGCUCUUUCUCGGGGGAGAAUCACGGUGAAGUCUGAUAUGUGGUCUUUGGGUGUCAUCUUGUACAUCCUCCUCUCCGGGUAUGUUUCU